CUUUCCCCCCUUUUUCUUCUUCAGUGGGUUUAGUGGCUCGCCAAUAAUAUGGGGUAAACACCCUGUAAGUCAACCACCGCAUCUUUCGAAACUCGCUCUAUUGAGCUUGUAGUAGGAACUUUAUUAUUUUAAACCAUUUCACUACACCUACAAACAUUAUACUACCUAUAUACCUAGGUGGAAACCAAGGCCAUUUGCAUCCAUAUCAUGGCUAGAAAGGCAAUAAAAACCGGCGACGGUCCGCCUAAUAGCUUGGCCGACUGGUUAUUAAAAAAUCAGACUGGUUUCUCAUUUAAUCUAAUUGCCUUCCUAUUCCUAACACAUCUAUGUGUGCCGGGGGCAAGACAUUUCACAUCUAAAUUCUUUCUUUUAUCUUACUACAACCCCGCCUCGGGGAAAUACGCCUCUGGCCACGAUGAUGCCUACUUCAUCGCAUUUUGCAUCUUACUUUUCACUGGAAUCCGCGCCAGUUUAAUGCAAUAUGUUCUUGGCCCCCUCGCCAGGCAUUGGGGAGUCUCUAAGAAGAAAGACGUCACCAGAUUUGCUGAGCAAGGGUGGAUGUUGAUGUACAAUUCCGUAUUUUGGACCACCGGCAUAUACAUUUACUACACGUCGCCUCAUUUCCUUAAUAUGGAGCAGUUAUGGACCGACUGGCCUCAGAGGGAACUCGAUGGGCUCGUAAAAGGAUAUAUAUUGGCGCAAUGGUCUUACUGGACGCAGCAACUUCUUGUUGUGAACAUGGAGACCCGUCGGAAAGAUUACUGGCAAAUGAUAGCACAUCAUUUUGCGACCAUCAUUCUGAUUGCCUCAGGAUAUGUCUACCACCAGAGUCGAGUUUCUAACCUAAUUCUAGUUCUGAUGGAUGCCAUCGAGUUAAUAUUCCCUCUUGCCAAAUGUCUCAAGUGCCUCGGAUAUAAUACGCUUUGCGAUGUCGUGUUUGGCGUCUUCAUUGUUACAUGGUUUAUAACGCGCCAUGUGCUUUAUCUCAAGACUUGUUGGAGUCUCUACUUCGACACGCCUAGGUUGAUGCCUACGUCUUGCUACAAAGGCACUGCAGAUAAUCUCGAAGGCCCAUUACCCGUGCCGGAGGGCUGGUCGUAUCUACUCGAGCCUUUCCGCAACCCUGCGGGAAUUGUUUGUAUGGACGAUGGUAUUAAGAUUGGCUUCUUAUCAUUUCUACUUAUAUUGCAAGUUAUAAUGGUAAUGUGGUCGUACUUUAUCGUUCUAGUGGUUAUUCGCGUCUUGAAGGGAGACGGCGCCGAGGACGUGAGGAGCGAUGAGGAAGAGGAGGAAGAGCAAUUGGAGGAUAUUAAGCAUGAAAUACCGCAAGCUUUGGAGGAAGAAGUAGGCGUCGAUGCUAUUGAUUUCGAAGUAUGGAAACGCCGUGCAGGUGUCAAGGAGGCUACUCGCACAAGUGGUCUUAGUCUGGCUGGGCAUAGUGAUCGGAAGGAAUUGUUGAACCGAAUCGGAUGCGAGAAGCAAAUCGACUGAGAGAUGCCAGGUAUAGGCUUUGUCGGAAUAUAUUAGAAUCUUGUCAACCGGUUAUCUGGUUUGAUAUCAAUGCUGAGUAUGUGCAAAUCGUUGCUGGAGCAAAAAGCCUGAGAUGGCAAGGGCGUUAUUCUGUUGAUUCUAUGGCACUUUACGAGAAAACAAACUCAAAUUACAGGUAUCAAUUACUCACUCGAGAGGAGAAAUGUCCCAAUACAAGAAAUUAUAACAAGUACCUAGUUGUGUUUACGAAUUUCUUGUUGGUUAAGAUAUGGUUGAAUGACGAAGAGUAAUAGCUGUCGUUCUGUGUGGGGUUACCACCCACAUAGGUACCGGAAGGCCUGUAUUUUAGGCGCUAUUAGUUCCGAUUAUAGCGGAUCCAUUAGCCAGUCGAGGAUCUACGGGUGAAGCCGCAGCACAGAAUUCAAGAAAAUAUUUGGCAGCAUGUCCGGCCAUAGAAAAUACAAGCUCAAUCCCACAUAUAACCC